AUGGCUAAACCAAAGCAAAUCAUGAACUUUAUUCGGUCAGAAACUGAUCUCUUCUCUGAACCCGGUUACGACUUGACUCUUUCCAGUUCACACCGAGUUGAUUAUCAUCCAAUAACAAACAUUUCGGAUCGAUCCACUCCGCUAACGUUUAUAAUUCAAGGAAACGACUCACAAUACAUUGACUUUUCUGAAACUCAACUCUACAUUCUCUGCAAGAUAGUAAAUAGCAAAGGUGGAGAUAGAGAUGCCACACAAAAUGAUACUGCCCCGAUUAACAAUUUCUUGCAUUCAAUGUUUAGUCAAGUGGCUAUUUAUUUUAAUGAUACACAAAUCACUUCUCCAACUUCGCUAUACCCCUACAAAGCCUAUUUGGAGACUCUUUUGUCUUUCGGAAAAGAAUAUACCAAAACUCAAGCAAUGGCUGCACUUUACCACAAAGAAGCAGAUCCAACUACAAUCGACGAGGGGUGGAAGACUCGAGAGAAAUUGGCGAACAGCAGCAAAGUCUUUGAACUGUGUGGAAAGCUGAAGACAGAUAUAUUUAAUCAAAACAGAUUCUGCAUUCCAGGCAUCGAUAUCAAAAUUGUACUUUAUCGAGCACCAGACAGUUUUUGUCUACUCAGCAAGGCUCCAACAAGUGGAACUGCACAAGAUGCAGCACAACUUCACAUUAUGGAAGCCAAAAUCGUUGUUCAAAAACAUACUCUACUUCCAUCAAUUACUAUGGGUCAUUUAAGAUUAAUGGAAAAGGGGCUACCUGCAUGUUAUCCUAUGCGAAGAGGAGACAUGAAAUCAUUUUCACUGUCAGCCGGAACUCUGCAAUAUACAAACGAGAGUUUAAUCACAGGACUUUUGCCAGAUCGGAUAGUAGUUGGCAUCGUCUCAAGUAAAGCCGUACAUGGUCAUUACAAUGAAAACCCAUUUAACUUUAUUCAAGCCGAUAUAUCAAGCAUCACUGUAACCGUGAACUCGGAGCAAGUAACAUCUCAAACGUUCGAACUUGACUUUGAUAAUAAGAAAAGUAUUGAAGCAUACUUUAGCGUAUUUUCGGGACUAGGACUAUCAAAUCUUGACACUGGAAUAGAACUAACAUUUGACAAUUUCAAAACUGGAAGAACUCUCUACGUUUUUGACUUGAGACAUCAACACGAUGGAUUCGCUAUACCUAGACAUGGCAGUGUGAAAAUUGAGAUAAAGUUACGAAAUGCAACUACAACUGCGCUAACAGUUCUUUGUCAUUGUGAUUAUCAAUCAGUUCUGUUUGUUGACAAGAAUCGUCAUAUUUACUUUAAAGACUACUCCAUGUGA